GUGUUUUGUUAGUUCCAAUUAAUCAAAAUGGCCAGCUAAACAUAUUUUAGUUAAUUGCAAUACUUCUAUUUGUUGUAAUACAUCAAUGCUAAUAGAUGAACAUAAAAUACUAUUGCUUCAUGGGAUGCUUUGAAUUUGAAAAGCUACAAGCAAAUUAGUGUGAACCAUGCUUAAAAUCAGUUAAAGUUGGCAGUGCUCACCUGUUGUGAAAAUAAUAAUAAGGCAACAUUAUGAAAUUGUAUUUUUGUUGCUAGCAUAAAACAUAUCUACGAUUUCGUACGCACUUUGUUUUGUUAUAUCAUUUGAUAUACGCUUGCAUUUGUUUCUGGUUGUAGUUUUGUUUUGAAUUAAUCAUAAUUAUGGUUAUCACAUAUACAUGCAUUACAUGCUGCGUUAAGUUCGCAACAGCAGAAAUUCAGCGAGAUCAUUAUAAAACAGAUUGGCAUUGCUUCAACCUGAAGCGACGUGUGUGUGAGUUGGCACCUGUUACUGCAGAAGACUUCAAAAACAGAGUAUUGUUCCAACAAGCCAUAAAGGUGCAAGAAGAGAGUGAAAUCAAUCACUUUUGCACCUCAUGUCGAAAGCAAUUUGCCAAUCAAAAAGCAUUUAAUAAUCAUCUGAACAGCAAAAAACAUAAAGAAAAUCUUAAAAAUAAAUAUGAAAAAAAAGAUGAUGACGCUAAUAACAACAUUGAUAAGUCAUUCGAUGUGUCUCAGAAUGAAGAAAGUAUGCAUAAUAUGACUGAAAAAUUACAGUCUCUUACGCUUGCAGAUGGUGUUUGCAUAUUUUGCGUGCACACCAGUGCAGACUUAGAAGAAAAUCUUAAGCAUAUGUUUGUGGCACAUUCGUUUUAUAUACCUGAGUCAUCAAAUUGCAGGGAUGUGCGGGGUUUAAUAGGUUAUUUGAAAGAAAAAGUUACUAAAGACUUUAUGUGUCUUUGGUGCCAUGAAAGAAAAACCUUUCAUUCAGCCGAUAGUGUGCGAAAGCAUAUGACGGAUAAAGGACAUUGUCACAUGUUUGAUGAAGACAUAGCAUGUUCUGAGUAUAAAAUUUAUUACGAUUUUGCGCCUGCCAGAGAAGAGAUCCAAUUAGAAGAAAAGGGCUAUGAGCUUGAAAAUGAUGUGGAUGGGUGCUUUGUAUACGAACUUGUACUGCCAUCUGGUGCUGUUAUUGGACACCGUUCAUUACUUCGCUACUACAAACAAUUCUUUAGAUAUAAUAAUGCAUUAAUACCUCACAAGUCGCCAGAAUACAAAGAGCGCAUUUUAUAUAAACGAGAUAUACCUCUUGCCAGGUGGCAUCCCAUUUUUCUGGGGCAAAAAGUUAGACCUUAGAAAUAUGUGAAGAAAUACAUAAGUGCAAUAAUUAAUAUAAGAAAAUAAAUUUUUUCACUUUA